UUGUUUUGGCCAACCGAUAAUGACCGCAUUUGCGCUUCGCCUUCGACUUCGGCUUCGCUUUCUUCCUACUUCAUCUGCACGCAUUGUAACAAAUUCUUUUGGUCAGAGGCGAGCCUGAAACACCACUCGAGUUUGUAUCACAGCGAGAAGUCGUUCGUGUGCGAGAUUUGUGGUAAGGCAUUCCGCUUUCGCAGCAAUCUGGCCGAACAUCGCUCAGUGCACACGUCGUUAAAGCCGUAUGUGUGCAAGUUCUGCGGCAAAUCCAGUCGGCUCAAGGGCAAUCUGACCAAACACAUUCUGAAGCAUCACAAGCGCGAGCAAAACGCUUAUAUUGGUAAGGACGACAUCAUCAUCAAGAAAGGCAAGAAGUCAGUGAAGGACCCGGCGGCUGUUGAUUUCCUUGAGAAAAGCAUGAUCAUUUUGACUACCGAAGCAUCGGUUGUUAGUCCCAUCGACAGCCAGUUUUUUAAACCAGACAAAUGCGCUGCAGAUGCGACCAAGGAAUGCUGCAUUUUUGCUCAGAAGUCUCCGGUUCUUAUUCCUAAUCCGCUUCUGUUGCACAGUCCAGCGUCUGAGCAGCUUACUGAAACUGGUUCCAGCGACGAGAAGGAGUGCAACAGGUCGACGGCGACGCACUACAUAGGUGACAACAGCGCUGUACAAAGUAACAACUGUUCACCGGUUGAGAACUGCAUCCCGGCAGCCGUCGGACUGUUGCGCGGCAAUAGCAAUGGCGGCGAAAACGCCGCGGCCAACUUCGACCGGAUUGCCAUUGCCGCCACGGCUAAUGGCAGCUACAGCAGAAUUAAGCAGGAAGUUUUCCACACGGAUCAGACGAACAUUUUACUCUCGAAAUCUCUGCCUGCAUUGGGUACCCAGUGCCCGAUCUGUAGCAAACAUUUCCGCAAAUCUACGAAUCUGGCACUGCAUCUGGCCGUUAAGCACCGCCCCACGACCAAAGACUUGUGUGACGGUAUUUCUCUUGUAAAUUCUCCGGAUAUCGAUUCGAAGCUUGUUGCCAAACCAACAUUCAGGGAUUCCCCUAGUUCUAAGGGAAAUGUUUGUGAUUCUGGUACUAAUCAAUCUGCUAGUCCUAUUUCGUCUCCCGUUACAACUGACAGUCACAGCGGUGGCCCAACGGGCAUCACGUCGCUGAUCACGACGGGAUUACCUCCGGUCAGUGACUUUGGACCACGACCAAGUGUCAGCUUUACUACUUUCCUUAAGGACAUCAAAGCGACCCUUCUUCAACUGAAGAGCAGCGUCGACGGCUCGACCAAGUUAGAAAAUAUGCUGUCGGUCAUCGACGCUCGAGUAACCCAUCUCGAACGUCAGGUAGAGACAUCAACUAACACCCUGUUUGCCCUCAUGCAGAUGCAGUCUGAAAUGAACACUGCAUUCAGCCAUUUCAAGUCAGAGAUGAUGGACCAAUUGAGACUGGUUGUUGAACUUUUACGCGAGGUGAAAUAG